UUGUUCAGGUCCAUCAUGAGUGAGAAAUGGGACUCAAACUCUUCAGAAAACUGGCAUUAUAUUUGGAGUGUCAAUGGCACAAAAUAUCACCUAUACUCAGAUAUCAAUAUUACCUAUGUGAACUACUAUCUUCACCAGCCUCAAGUAGCAGCAGUCUUCAUCACUUCCUACUUUCUCAUCUUCUUCCUGUGCAUGGUGGGAAAUACCGUGGUUUGCUUUACUGUAAUGAGGAACAAGCAUAUGCACACAGUCACUAAUCUCUUUAUCUUGAACCUGGCAAUAAGUGAUUUACUGGUUGGCAUAUUUUGUAUGCCUAUCACGCUCCUGGACAACAUCAUAGCAGGAUGGCCCUUUGGAAGCACAAUGUGCAAGAUCAGCGGAUUCAUUCAGGGAAUAUCAGUUGCAGCAUCAGUCUUUACUUUAGUUGCGAUAGCUGUGGAUAGGUUCCGCUGUGUUGUCUAUCCUUUUAAGCCAAAGCUCACUAUCAAGACAGCAUCUGUCAUUAUUGUGAUCAUCUGGGUCCUGGCCAUUGCCAUUAUGUCCCCAUCUGCAAUAAUGUUACAUGUACAAGAAGAAAAAUAUUACCAAGUGAGACUCAACUCCCAGAAUAAAACCAGUCCAGUCUACUGGUGCCGGGAAGACUGGCCAAAUCAGGAAAUGAGGAAGAUCUACACCACUGUGCUGUUCGCCAACAUCUACCUGGCUCCCCUGUCCCUCAUUGUCAUCAUGUAUGGAAGGAUUGGAAUUUCACUCUUCAAAAUGACAGUGCCCCACACAGGCAAACAGAACCAGGAGCAGUGGCAUGUGGUGUCCAAGAAGAAACAGAAGGUCAUUAAGAUGCUCCUGAUUGUGGCUCUGCUUUUUAUUCUCUCCUGGCUGCCUCUGUGGACACUGAUGAUGCUCUCAGACUAUGCUGACCUGUCUCCAAAUGAACUGCGGGUUAUCAACAUCUACAUCUACCCGUUUGCACAUUGGCUGGCCUUUUGCAAUAGCAGCAUCAACCCCAUCAUUUAUGGUUUCUUCAAUGAGAAUUUUCACCGUGCAUUCCAAGAUGCUUUUCACUUCCAGCUCUGCCAAAAAAGAGCAAAGCCCAAGGAAACCUAUACCGUAAGAGCUAAAAACAAUGUGAUCAUAAGUACAUCUCAUCAGUUACCCCCAGGACCUGCAAUUCAAAAUUCACAUGAGGAAAAUUUGCUUUGUAGGAAAAGUGCUGAAAAACCCAACCAAGAAUUAAUGAUGGAAGAAUUAGGGGGAGUCACCCAGAGCAAUGAGAUUUUAAAAGAGCUGGUAUGA